AUGUUUAAUGUAUAUGCUUAUGAUCAAAAAUUAAAAGAACGAAAACAAAAAGAAAAAGAAGCCCAAAGAGCGGUCAGCCAACGGCAAGUCGCUUUAAAAACUAGAAAAAAAUAUUUGGACAGUUAUGAUUAUAGAAUUAAGCAAUUUAUUGUUGCAAUGAUAAAAGAGCCAUAUAAAAUGAAGCAAUAUCAGAGCCCACUAGAAGUGGCUGGAAGAAUUACUGAUCCAAGUAAAUAUAAAGGAGCUGCCAAUAUAAUUCUGAAAGGCUAUAAGAGUGAACGGCAAAGAAUUCUAGAGAAUCUUCAAAAUGAACAGUUCAUCAAAUCAAAUCCUGUCACACCAGCUGAAAAAGUGACAAAUAAAAGUGAAGAAAAAAUUCUUCCAAACCGAAUGUAUUUUAUCAUAUUUUUAUAAUAAAUUUGUUAAUUGAUAUUUUAAUUAUUUUUAUAUUGUAAUUAAAAUAAUAAGGUAUAAACCGAGAAAUAAUUUGGAAAGAAUCAAAGACGAGCUCAUGCAAAGACAUGUCAAUAUUGAAGAAAUCGAAGGCGAACAAUACAAACCUCAGUCAAAGCCAGGACAAAAGCCUGGGAGCUCCAAAACUGAAGUAAACGUAGCCCACAAAGAAGAAGGACUGACCCCAAAACAGAUCUUUGCAAGCCUCCACCAUAAAACUUAUUUUAAAGCUGUCAAAACAGUCCAAAGCCGAAGCCAAGCCAGCCUUACCCCUUCUGCAAAGCUUGACUACAAUAUAAUUGACGGUGUAAAACACUCAGCCAAAGGUAUUGACCUCCGACCUGAAGAACUUAAAAUACUUGCUACUGAAGCUUUAAAAGGGUGCAGGUCAAAUGAUUUUGCCUUUUUGAUAGUGUCCAUUUCACCGACAAAUUUUUGGCCGAAAAUUGAUCGAAAACUUUGAUAGUGAGACAUUUGACCGAAAAAAAUCGUUAAUUUUCCCCACUAUCAAAAAUUUUCGACCAAAUGGAUUUGAUGAAAUGCAUACUGUCAAAAAUCCACAGUCAUUUGACAUGGAGCCUUUAAAAUACUGCCACGUCGAAGACUCUCAGAAUGAAAAAUACUUAAAAGUUGGCCACGGCAAGCUUGUUAGCAACCCAGACCUGACCAUUCUUGAAACCUAUCAAGUCUUAAACAGGCUACAUUAA